AUGUCUUCAGCGGCGGCGACCGUAACGUGGGAUCAGUUGCCGAGACAUCGGUGUCACCCGGGCCGUGAGCUCGAGAUACAGAUCCUGUGGCACGACUGGCGCUCCCUCUGCGCCCUGAAGUUCGUACGGCUCGAGGAGUUCAUAGACGACAACCGGCACGGGAUUGCUCUGCAUUUGGAACCGCAGGGCAUACUCUUCGCGGAGAUUAAGUUCUUGAAUCCCAUGAUCUCCCGGAAGCCCAAACUGCAGCGCCAGAAGCUGUUCCGCCAUAAGGGCAAGAACUUCCUGCGACCCAAUCAGAUGAACAUCAACGUCGCCACAUGGGGUCGGCUCAUGAAGCGGUCCUUACCUCAAGCCUCGUCCGACCAGAACAUCGCCACUACCGCGACGACGACGGCCGCGGCGGCGCCCAAGCCCUCCGUAGACCUGUCGGUGUCCGCCGCCGACUAUCCGCCCAAACCUAAGCCACGACUCGUGAUGGAGAGGACAGACUCGUCCGACUCGUCGUCCAAGAAGUUGUUGUCUGCGAAUCAAAGUAUUAAUAGUAAUAAUAAUAACUCGGGAUCUGUUUCGUCGUGUGGGCUCUCGUACGACGACUCGCAGAUCGGUUCCGCUCUCCAAGAGUUCGAUUUCCUUCAAGAGAUAUCCGUGUCGUCGGCCGACACCAUCAGCCCUACCAGUCCUGUGGUUCACGAGCCGUCGCCGGACAUCGUGUCCGCCGUGAGCGGCAAACUCCGCGACCUCGACGUCUCGUCCGUCGACACCAACGCGUACGACAACUACCGGAACGCACGGCCGCCCGGCUAUCCGCCCAGUCCUGAGCCCAUCGUCGAUAUGCCUGACGACGAGCCGCUGACCCCUCGAGUCGACCCCUUCUCCGGCGGUGGCAUCGGUUUAGAUAACUUCGAGUUUAUUAGUGUUCUCGGAAGAGGACAUUUCGGCAAAGUAAUCCUCAGCAAACACAAGAAGACCGGCGAAUACUUCGCCAUCAAAGCGCUGAAAAAGGGCGACAUCAUCGCCAGGGAUGAGGUGGAGUCGCUGAUGGCCGAGAAGCGCAUCUUCGAGACGGCCACUCGCGUGCGGCACCCCUUCCUCGUCAACCUAUUCGCCUGCUUCCAGACGACACAA